UGUGUUAUCACAAAAAUAUUAUUAUUUUAAAUAAAAUCAAAGUCUAAAAAACAAUGUGGAAAUUAGCUCAUUUUUGAUAAUUAAAAAUUUUAAUGUGAGCCAGUUUUGUUUAAUUUUUUUUUUAUGAUUUAACAUUAUUAUUCAAAAAUAAGAGUUUUUUAAAAUGUUGUUAAAAAGGAUUCAUGGAAAUAUUCAAUCAGCAAGGACUAAUAAUAAUUAUGAUGUAAACAGAAAAAGAAGGGAAAAAAAAAUAAAAACUGAAAUUUUAGAAAGUGAAUCAUCAACAAGGGAUUUAAAAAAUAAGGAUAAUAAAUUUGAUAAUUGUAUUGAUAAUCCAGAAAAAUGUGGUUUUGAUGCAACAUGUAGAAAAUUUGAUAAUAAUACAUCAAGAUGUGUUUGUCCAAAUGAUAUGUCAGCACCAACUAAUGAUUUAAAAUGUCCAAAUCGUUCAAUAAUACCAGCAACACCAAAAGCAAUACCAAAUGUUAUGCUUGUACCAAAAAAUAAUGAUAUUGAAAUUAAUAAAACAUCAAUAUCCACAAAUGAUCCACUGAUUCAGUUGGAAAGUACACAUCAUACUGGAGGUCCAGAAAAAUUUAUUGCACUUGGUUGUAUAAUUUUGUUUAUGAUUGUAGCAUCUUCGAUAAUAUAUUUUCUUAGACAACAUUGUUAUACAAAAAAAGCUAAACGUAAAUCAUUAGCUCUUGCACCAAUUAGUUUGAAAGAAAGUUUAUUGCCAAUUAAAUAUACAUCAAAUACACAAUACUUUGGUGGUACACCACUUGAAAUACCAAUAGUAAGAAGAGAAAAUUUAACAUUUCUCGAUGUUAUUGGUGAGGGAUGUUUCGGCAAAGUGUACAAAGGUGAACUCAAUCAUGGUGAUAGUAAAGAAAUAAUAGCUGUUAAAGUUUUAAAAGAUUUAGCAUCAUCCGAAGCUGAAGAAGAUUUCAUGAGAGAAGUUGAAACAAUGUCGUCAUUCAAACAUGAAAAUAUCUUAUCACUUAUUGGUAUUGUUCAACAUGAUACAAAUACAUCACCAUGGAUGAUAUUUGAGUACAUGCUGUAUGGUGAUCUUGCUGAUGUGCUAAGAUCAAAUUCACAAGAAUUUAAAAAUGACAUACCUGGUUUAGCACCACUUAAUCGUGAAUCAUUACAUUACAUUACAAUUCAAAUUGCUGCUGGUAUGAAUUAUUUAUCAUCACAAAGAUUUGUACAUCGUGAUUUGGCAUGUAGAAAUUGUCUUGUUGGCCUUGAUCUUGUUGUUAAAAUUGCUGAUUUUGGUAUGUCAAGAGAUGUUUAUACAUCUGAUUAUUACAAGAUUGGCGGUUCUCGAAUGCUUCCAGUACGUUGGAUGUCACCAGAAAGUGUAUUGUACGGACGUUUUACUCUCGAAUCAGAUGUUUGGAGUUUUGGUGUUGUCCUUUGGGAAAUAUAUUCAUAUGGUAAACAACCAUACUAUGGGCAUAAUAAUGAAGAAGUCGUUAAAUUAAUACUGCAGGGAAUAAUGCUUAUACCACCAGAGGAUUGUCCCACUUUUAUUUGUCAAAUAAUGUCAGAUUGUUGGAAAAGUGAAGCACGUGAUCGUUGUAAAUUUUCUGAUAUACUUGAAAAAUUAGAAAAUGAAAAAAAAUUUAAUGAUAAAUGUGAUAUUAUUAAUUUACCAAGACCACCACAAGGACCAAUAUCAAUUAGAUCACCAAAUGGUGAUCUUGAUACUGAGGGUUAUCUUGUUCCAGCAGUAACUCAACCACGUGAAUAUUUACAACCACUUCCUCCUUCUAUUUAUUCAUCACCUUAUGAUGUUUAAAUCAAAUUACUUUUAAUUACAAUAAUAAUAUU